AUGCAAAAACAGACGAAAGUGGUGAAGAUUAGGAGUCCAAAUGAGGUAAAAAAAUUCGGUGUCGCCGCAACUACUUUGGAGGAGUUACUACAAAAAGGAUGCCAGCUGUUACAGGUGCCCCGUUCUGGUGCGCGUGUUUGCUUAUAUGAGGAUGGAACGGAAAUAACUGAGGAGUAUUUCCAAAAACUUCUGACCAACACAGAGCUUGUUUUGCUUAAUGAUGGACAGAGUUGGAGCGGAUUUGUCACUGACAUAAGCAAAGUACUGGGCUUAGACGGACGCUCCGAUCCCUUGAUCAAUGCAGCAAAAAAACUCCUCCUGGAUGAGCGUUCUCCAAAAAGACGCAAAAUCCUAGGGGAUCUGAUACGUAACCUGAAUGAUUGCUCUGAGAGCGAAAACCGGGAGGAUGACCAGGACUGGUUUGUAGGAGUUGAAGCCAGAUUUAAGACCAAAUCUGCCUACAUGAAGUACAACUGUGAGAACAGGAUAAGGGGAUAUUUGAAGGAGGUUGACGCAUUUGCCCAGUCCAUACAGAAUGCCAAAACCAAGAGCGAAUAUAAAAAAGUAGUGGAAAACUUGAUGGAGAAAUUGAAGUCAGCAAAGUAUAAUGGCAACUACUUUGACAGAAGAGAAAAGGAAGCCCAUCGACUCUGCACCAAAGAGGGCUGGUUCUCCUGCCAGGGUGCCUUUGAUGAAGAUAACUGCGAGUCUCUUCACUCUAUAAACCCAUACGGGAACAGAGAAAGCAGAAUCCUCUUCAGUACCUGGAAUCUUGAUCACAGGAUUGAGAAGAAAAGAAGCGUUCUACCCGCCCUCGCUGAGGCACUGAAGGGUAAAAGAAGCACUGAUAUAAACAUGGACUACUUCUACAAACUAUUGUUCACACGGGAAAAUCUGAAGUUGGUUCAUAUUGUUUGUCAUAAGAAAGGAGCACAUGAUCUGAGCUGUGACUCCAGGAAAGUGUACAAACGGGUUAAAAGGUCACUAAAAUGA